AUGUCACUCAGAGCCACUUCGCAUGGAGACUUCCAGACGUUGUCCGGUUCGGCCGGUAAGUCACCGUCGUUAGAGGACCGUAUGUACAAGUCGAUGUCGAUGAGCAGCAGUAACGUCACCGGGGGCAGCCGGUUCGGGAGCGGGGAGCUGGAGGAGGUGAAGGGCACCGCGAGGUUCGGGAGGAGGCCUGUGCGUGCGGUACGACCGCUAAGCGCGCUCGGCACCUCGGGGUCCUUCCUCCAGAUAAACCACCUGCAGGGCGAACUGGUUCGCAAGAGAAAGGAAUGUGAGGACCUGAAAAAGGAGAACAAGUAUUUAUCCAACGAAAUCCACAUGGAGCGAAUCAUGAUGCGCACGGAGAACGAACUGACCAUGAGGAACCUGAGGAACCUCAACCAGGAGCUGCUGGCUCAGGUCAAGGAGUCUCAUCGUUCACGACGCUGCACCACAGCCAGCAGAGGGCGACGCUGUGCUCCCGGGCGGCCCAGCAGGCGGAGGCGUCGCUGGGGGCGGCGGAGCAGAGCCGCUCCCUGGCGGAGGCCAAGGCUGCGGCGAGCCGGCAGGACACGGAGCAGUCCCAGACGGACCGCGACCCGGCUCAGCCAGGAGCUGCAGCGGCUCAAGAAGGAGCACACGGAGGUGCAGCUGUCGCUGGCCAGGGCGGAGAAGAGCUACUUCGAGACGAAGCUGAGGCUGGACCGGGCCUCAGGGGAAAGGCAGAGCCUCCUGGGGGAGAACCAGACCCUGGAGGCGGAGCGGGAUGACCUCCGACCCCGCCUCAGACGCCUCACCCAGGAGAACGCAGACAUCAAAGACAAGGAGGUGUGCGCCCGGCGGCGGGCGGCGGCGGCCGAGGGGCAGAGGGACACCGCCGCCCAGGCCCUGCAGGAGGCGCAGCAGGAGCGCCGGCGGGUGGAGAAGGAGAGCCAGGAGCGUCGGGAGGAGGGCCUGGGGUGGAGGGAGAAGCACCAGGGGCUGGCUGACGUCCUCAGGGCCCAGGAGGACCUGAAGGCCCAGCGGCAGAACAAAGCAUGCCAAGCCAACAUUAAGAGCUACUUCCUCUGCAUGACCGAGAGCGACCAGCGGGUCAAGAUUCUGAAGAACCCCAACGGCAGCGCAAGGAAUUUCACGGAAGGUGACCCCGUGUACAUCUCAACUCCUGAACCCAAUCCAGAGGAUGCAGACCGAAGCCCUUCCAGAACCAUGUUGAGGGUGUCUGCCCCCCAGCAGGGGAGGGACCCCGGGCCCCCCCACUUCGGCGACCUGCCCGUCAUGGGAGGAGAGAGGCCCGACUCGGCCCCCCCAAGACGGAGCAGGAAGGUGGUGGAAUACUUCUGGAUCCCAACGGACGAGGAGUGAUGCGGACCAAACUGCCCCUCCCUGGUCCGUAAGCCGGAGCCACUCUGGGGUAGUGGGCAGUCGUAGAACAGUGAAAUGUGGACAGGGGAGAACCUUUGACACCAAGUGAGGAUAACGAGGCACAGUGCGACUUAAAAGUGUACUUUUGACGAAGAUGCGUCAUGACAAAGUCCUAAUGAAACAUCAGUACAGACCACGGAAACACCGGUCAGUGUUUAGGAUUGUUAGAAGAGUAAGUAAGUAGUUGCCAUUUACUCGUUGGGAGGCUUGAGAUACAUGUCAUUGAAGGGAAAAACUGGUUUGGUUUGUAUCGACUCCCUCUAUCGGUUGAACGUGGUUGGGUGGUUUGGUUCCUGUUGAAUAAUCCAUGACUUUUCCUGAGUACGUCGUAUCAGAUGGUGACCAUUUAAGCUGGAUAGCAUUGUUGUGAAAAUACAUAAAAGUUGCAUGACCCAUUUAAGAUGAGCGACAGGAGAAAUAAAGAGAAGGGAAAAGGUUGUGGUGCUCAUGUAAGGGACUUUAUUGAUAUUAAAGCAGUAGAAAUGUACAGUUCUUAUGAACACCCCACAACAUGAUCCAAACCCACAAGCAUGGUUGGUGAGAACACUUGCAAACUAUUCGGGGGGCAAAGUCAACAUCGUGAUUUAGCAAAUUUCCGCUGUUUCUCUUUCUGAGAAGGGGAAUGUCAAAUCAAUUAAUUGAUCAGAUCAUUGGUUCAUUUUAUGAUUGCCAAUAAAAUAAAAAGGGAAAUACAAAUUCAUAAUUAAUUCAUGUUUCCAUUUUAACAGAAAUACCUGGAGGCCACAUUCACAUGGUCACAAAAAUGUUUUCAGGAAGAGGUUCUGUGCGAGAGGUUCACGACCGACGCAGAGUUGCCCGAUUAAAAAAUACCUUCUCAA